UAUAAUUGCCAUCGCAAGUUUCCAACUUUAAAUUCCUGCGCAACAGAGGAGGAAGAAAGCCAACUAUUUUGCAAAAGCAGCCAAGCCAUGGUCGAAGCUAAGACGAAUGGAACUUCAUGCAAAAGAGGCUCAAAGAGACUCAACUCUUUUGAAAAAGACCGCAUUAGCAGCUUACCUGAUGACCUCCUCUGUCACAUCAUUUCCUUCUUGCCAUCAACCCUACUAGCUGUGAGAACUUCCGUUUUAUCAAAAAGAUGGCAUCUUCUUUGGACCCAUGUUCCAAACAUCAAUCUCCAUCAGCAAGACAUGCCACAGUUCUACAACUGUCAACAGUCCUGUGAAUAUUUCUCCACACUGGUUGAUAAAACCCUGAAGUCUUAUUCUUCCUCGAAGGUCAAUAAAUUCUGCAUCCAAUUCCCCUCAAAUUUUAUUGACUCGUGGGCUCGAAUGGACUCGUGUGUCCGGUUUGCCGUGGGAAGGGACGUCGAGGAUCUUACUUUUGAUAUUUCUGGCUACGGGUUGGAAAUAGUAAGAUUUCCCGAUGACCGUGGUUACUCGUUGCCUCAAUUCUUCUACCACAAUUCUCAGUUGCGGAAUUUGAAGACCGGUUUUUGUGAGUUUGUGCCUGAUGGGAGAGUCUCAUGGUCAUCACUCAAGGAUUUGAGUAUAGCGCAUGCGACGUUGACUGAUGAAGUGAUGCAAAAUGUUCUAGAUGGGACUCCUUUACUUGAAUCCUUGAAAUUGCUCUCCUGCAUUGGAAUUCAUAGGCUUGAUCUUUCUUUGAAUUCUCAUUUGAAGGAGUUAGUUAUUAGUGGAACUGUUCUUCCUUAUGAAGAGGAAUAUACUGUGCUUGAGAUUUCAGGUCCUCACCUUAUGAUUUUGGAAAUUUUGGGUCGUUGGCGUAAGAAGAAGUGUCUAUUGAUGAAUAUGUCAUCUUUGAUCAGGGCUUCCUUAGAUUUUGAAGUGUUAGAAUAUUAUCCUUGUGAAAAGAGGAAUGAUUUCUUCGAGAGGGGUCGAAAUUUUGUCAAGGAGUGUCUCGAGAAUGUCCAUCAUGCUAGGAUACUAAAACUAGGAAGUUGGUGUAUUCAGGUUCUAUCAACAUGGAGGAUGACGAAUGCUCUGCUGUCUCCAUCAUUGAGUCGCAAAUGCUUAAUUCUUGAUGUUGACAGUUUCGGUAACCAUUACCUCCCUGGGAUAGCAAGUCUGCUUUGCUGUUCAUAUAACCUACAUGAAUUGUUUAUAAAUAUGUGCCCUGAUGCCAGAUAUCGUCAAAUGUUCUACCUUGAGUCAGAAUUCAGCAACUCUGAUGAUGAUUUUGGGGAGAAUUAUUGGACAUCGCAGAAGAUAAUUUUGAGUCAUUUAUUGUUGCAUCUCAAGACUAUCAAGAUAUCCAGCCUCCUUAUGAAAUCAAAAAGUCGUUUUGGCCAUGAACGUGUAUUUGCAUUUCUGGGGUUCCUGCUCAAGAAUGCCAGUGUGCUGGAGGAGAUGAUUAUAUAUGGUUCUCGUGUUGGACGUGGGGUCUCUGAAACAGAAGUUCUCAAUAUGGCCUUAAAAUUGAUAAGCUUCCCAAGGUGUUCUCCUCGCGCUGUGAUUUUGUUUCCCUACUGAUGUCAUAAGCAUAGUAAAUUUAUAGUUCUUUUAUGCAAAACAGAAAAAAGAAAAAUUCAAAAGAACUUGUUUUGAGUGCUUGUUUGAUUUCAAUUAAAUUUAGCAGAAUGGUUGUUGUCACAUUCUAAUUUCCAUUUUGUUGGAUGUAUUUUCGUUUAAAUCAGUUGCAGAUCUGGAGGUUUAACAAUCCAUUCAUGGUGCUGGGAUUGUGUCCACUGGUAAUGAAGGGAAUACUGCAAAAUAGCAUUGAAUUCUUUGUUCA